AAUCCAUCCACACUGUCCAGACCCCGGUCGCGUUCACACGCGGACGCGACUGCCUCCUCCUCCCGUCGCCAUGGACGUCUGCGCCUCCACGAUCUAGUGCGGGUGGCUAGCACGCCGGCGCCAGCUACCCUGAAGGGAGGUUGGGCGUUGUAUGCCGAGAUUUUGUGCUCUAGGCGCUCGAGCUGGUGCGGGUGCGGCGCGUCAUGGGGAGGAAGCCUGACGCGGCAGCCAAAUCGUACUACUCCGGUGGCGGCGGCGCCGGCGCCUCCUCGCCGAGGGCAGCGAGGAAGGCGCCGCCUUCUCCGGUGUUCCUGGGAACUGCGCUGUUCGUUCUAGGGUUCGUGUCCCUCUUUACGGGACACGUGGUCACUGACGCUGACUGGGCGCGGAUCCGGAGUCGGUGGCGAUCCAAGCAGCAUAGAAACUACGAGCCUAUCGAUAUUUGGGAAUCCAAGUAUUCCAGCAUGUACUAUGGAUGCAGUGGGAGAAGCGCAGAUUUCAGAUCUGCUGUGCCAGAGAACAGUUCCACUGGUUACUUGUUGAUAGCUACAAGCGGGGGCCUGAAUCAGCAGCGCAUAGGGAUAACAGAUGCUGUUGUAGUUGCCUGGAUUUUGAAUGCCACACUUGUUGUACCUGAGUUAGACCACCACUCAUUCUGGAAGGAUGACAGUGACUUCUCUGAUAUUUUUGACGUGGAUUGGUUCAUUUCCUACCUAUCAAAGGAUGUAAGUAUUGUCAAAAGGAUCCCUUAUGAAGUAAUGAUGUCAAUGGAUAAACUACCGUGGACCAUGCGUGCACCUAGGAAAUCAAUGCCUGAGUUUUACAUUGAUGAAGUUUUGCCAAUACUCAUGCGAAGGCGAGCUUUGCAAUUAACAAAGUUUGAUUAUAGACUCAGUAGCGAUCUUGAUGAAGAUUUGCAAAAGUUGCGUUGCCGAGUAAAUUUUCAUGCUUUGAAAUUCACGAGUUCUAUACACGCCAUGGGUCAAAAACUUGUUCAAAAGCUGAGACUCAUGAACACGCGAUAUGUCGCCAUUCAUUUGAGGUUUGAACCUGACAUGCUUGCAUUUUCUGGCUGUUACUACGGUGGCGGUGAAAAAGAAAGAAAGGAAUUGGGUGAAAUUAGGAAACGAUGGGAUACAUUACCUGAGUUGAGUGCUGAAGAGGAACGCAGCAGGGGGAAAUGCCCACUGACUCCACAUGAAGUUGGGUUAAUGCUCCGAGCUCUUGGUUUUGACAAUGAUACACUUCUGUAUGUUGCUUCUGGAGAAAUAUAUGGUGGAGAUGAAACUCUCCAACCUCUUAGGGAACUCUUCCCAAAUUUCUACACUAAGGAGAAACUUGCUGGGGAUGAUUUGAAUCCCUUCCUUCCUUUUUCUUCACGGCUGGCUGCAAUUGACUUCAUUGUUUGUGAUGAGAGUGAUGUCUUUGUUACAAAUAAUAAUGGGAACAUGGCCAAAGUUUUAGCUGGCCGGAGGCGAUACAUGGGCCACAAGAGAACUAUUCGCCCAAAUGCAAAGAAACUCAAUGUACUAUUUCAGACACGGAAUCAGUUGGGCUGGGAUACCUUUUCACGGAAGGUACAGAAAGUUCAGAGGGGUCUUAUGGGUGAGCCGGAUGAUAUCAGACCAAAACAGGAUGACUUCCAUGAAUUUCCAUCAUCUUGCAUCUGCUUAAGAAAACCUAGAAAUAUAUCGGUCACAACCUGAAAACCGGACACCGCAAAUGCUGUAGACAACACAAGGAUGAAAACAUAUGAUUGCUUUGAAAGAAACACGGUGGAAUUGACAGGGCAGGGAUGCAGAGUGCAUAUACAACGAAAUAGAUGACAUGGCUCAGUAGAGAUGCCAUGUCUCGGCAGAUGCCACGUCAAGGAGAGUUGCCAACUGGUGAUAUGCCAUGCCUGUAAAUUAUUGUUCGUAAAUGAGAUUAUUAGUUCUUUGAAUAUGGUGUGCCUCUACCCUCUAUAACAUGACCAUCUGUCCAAGUAAAGUCUCAGGGCAGUUACAAUUAUCUGCCAAAAUGACAAAUGGACAAGUACAAUAACAAUGGUUACCCCAUCUUUUGUGAUUAUGGUACUCUGUUCCCUUUGGAAGAUAACUGCUGUGCGUUCUUGUUACUGGAUCGAAGAUAACCGUCGCCAUGCCACGUUCUACUUUUUCCUCUUUUUUAUGUCUCCUGAUCAUGUAAUUUAUCAACUAGGGACAGUCGUUCCUGUUUAUCAAAGCAAUAUUUAGGGAUAUAUAUACAGCAAUCCAUCGCUGUCUGCUU